AUGGAUGAGAACAAUGGGAGCAAAGAAGAGAAUCUCAAGGGUAAAAUAUCAAUGGAGAACAAGAAGAUGUGGGUGGUGGCUGGCCCUGCUAUUUUCACCCGAUUAUCGACGUUCGCAUUAGAGGAAGAAGGUUUAGAAGGUAGAUGGGGCAAGGGCCUCAUGAAAGUUAUGAAAGGUUCUUUAAUUGUGUUUAUAGUUGAAAGAAGGCGUAAUCUUUAUAUGUGCACUGUUUCUUAUGAUAAUAUUAUUGCUUUUGUGCCUGAAUGUGAUAAAACUACCCUAUGGCAUAAACGACUUGGUCACAUAAGUCUAAAAGGACUAGAUGUUUUAAAAAGGGAAGGAAUCUUGAAUGGAAAAUUUGAGAAACUGGAUUUCUGUGAUGACUGUGUUCUUGGUAAACAUCAUAAAGUACACUUUCCUGUCUUACCUUCCCCAAACCCUUCCAUGUCUACUUGCAUUCUGGAUUAUGUGCAUGCUAAUGUUUAA